AUUGAUAAUAUUAAUAUAUUUCAAAGAGACACUGAUAAAUGUUCUGUUGCAAUUGUAAAAAGAAAUAAAGAGAAGAAAUUGGCUCUAUGAAAAAGAAGAGUAAGAUCUUAACUGUAAUUUUUUUAUUUAAUAUUUACUAGGAAUUCUCAGAAGAAAUAAACGAUGAAGCAAUGACACUCUACUAAUCACCAUUCUGUCAAAAUAUUUCAAUUAUGUUUUAAUAUGCAGCAGAGCCAAAUUCAAUGAGGUAAUAUUUAAAAGCUCAUUAAUUUAGAACAGGUUCUAAUACAAAGAUUACUAGAUCUGUUGAAAGACUUACAAAUACUCUGCCCUAAAUUAUACCUAGGAAAACAUCAUUUAAUAGUUUUAAAUAUAGUAAAACCAAUCAGAACACAAAAUUUGUUUCCACCAAAAAAGGAUUUACAUUAUUAGUGACUAAAACUAAUCCUUGA